AUGGGUAAACUAAUGCUGAAAGUAGGUCACUUCAACCAAGCAGUAGAACUCUACAAUGAACUAAUCAAGAAGACAACCAAUGAUAGUGACCCAGCACAUAUUUAUCAUCAACUUGGAUGGUUAAAAAACGAACAAGGUCAAUACCAGCAGGCAGCUGCAUUCUACGAGAAAUCACUUGAAGCGCAUCGAAAAACGCUUCCAGAGAGUGAUCCAUCCUUGGCUCCUACCCUCAACAACAUUGGUCUCUGUGAUUAUUACAUGGCUGAUUACUCAACAGCACUGCAAUUUUACGAGAAAGAACUAAAUUUAAUACAAAAAUCGUUGCUACCGAAUCAUCUAAAUUUUGCUGCUUCCUACAGUUGUAUCAGUGACAUACAUAACAAAAUAGGUGAUUUUUCGAAAGUACUUGAAUUUUAUGAAAAAUCAUUCAAAAUAAGGGAAAACAGUCUAUCACCAAAUCAUCCAGAUCUAAGUACUUCUUACAACAAUAUUGGCCAAGUGUAUGACAAUAUGGGUAACUACGUGAAAGCACUCAAACUAUGCAAAAAAAGAUAUGGAAAUUAG